UUUCUCUCACAGUCUCAAUCACAGUUGCUCUGCUUCAUCUCCCUCGCAGAAUCCAACUGGCUCCCUUUGGACUCUAACGGUCGAAACGCCGGCCUCUGACGUCGUCUGCAGCAGAGCAGAGUUGUAUCCGAAUCCGAACCUGCGGUUUUUAGCAACUCAGAAAAGCUGAGCAGAUUGACCUGGCUGGAGAAUUUUUCCGGUGAUUCUUGGCUGAAAUCGCUGCUAGUGUUCUGAGAGAUCUCAUCUGGUACCGAACUUUAAUGUGCUGCACUUAGCAACUUCAGCCAAAGAUACACUCAUGAAGAAGCUCUUCUUUUUCAGAUCCUCUGGUUCUAGCAAUGGACACAACAAGUCCCCUCCAUCAACUGAUAAGCAAGUCUCUGAUAUCCAGAACUCCAGUGAGAGUGCAGGCCUUAGAAGGAGCCGGUCAUUAUCAUCAGCCGCCUUUCUUGUAAGUGAGCCGGUGCAAGCAGAAUUUUCUUCUACGAGAUAUCAGAGUAGAUCUCCUUGUAGAAGUGCAAGUAGUAAACCUCAUUGGCAAUGUGGCCAAUCAUCUUGUUGUCAGAGUUCUACCCCUGAGGGGCAUCAGGUUAAACAGUUUGAAGUACCAGCUGUUUACAACACAAACGGAUUAGAACGUCCUGGUUCUGUUGGUUCUCCUAGAAUACAGCAUGGUUCGUCGGGGAGCUCUUCUACUUGCUCUAGUAAUGUUUCAUCCAAAGUUUUGGACCGCUACAUUGAUGGAGAUCAGGAGGAAAGUGGUAGACAAGAGAGCAAUGCUUCUCAUAGGAACUUAAAUGGGAAUGGAAACGGUGGUGGAUGGCGCCCUCCACGAGUUCACAUCACAGCCCCCAGUUCACCCAGAGCUCAUUCAUUUAGAGAGGCCAAAAGUUCUCGCUAUCGUCUAUCAUCUAAAGAUUGGACCGAAAACGGAUUUGGGCAUGAUUCUCCCAGGAGACUUGCAAAGAAUGUAGUGGAGAGGCUCUCGCAGUCCCAUGUCAUGCAGCCAUCACACGCAAAAGAAUUUGACCAUGACAUCCCACUCACCAUUGAGGAUAUAUAUGGAAGAUCAGACUCAGUAAGCCAGAAAACUUAUCCUUUGGAUGAUCCUUAUGAUCACUCGAGCAUGCAGAAACAGUUCUAUGGAGAAAACUGUAAUAGUCUGAAUUCUGAUGAGAUUGGAGUGGACCUGGACGUGGAAUUACAAAGAAGACUAGAGGAAGCUGAGGAGAAAGUCAUGCUUCUCUCUGAAGAACUUGAGCAGGAAAGCUUUCUUAGAGACACCGGGUAUAAUGUGCCAUCAUUAAUUCAGACAAUUAGAGAUUUAACAGAGCAGAGAGUCAGCUUUGCAAUUGAGGUGUCAAACCUCCUUCAGUUACGAAUUGCUGAGAGGGCCUCUGCCAAGAAAGAAUUGAGACUGGCAAAGGCAGAACUUGAGUCACGAACCAGAAGACUAGAGAAGGAGAAGAAUGAGUUACAGUCAGCCCUAGAGACAGAACUAGACCGAAGGUCGACUGACUGGUCACUUAAGCUUGACAAAUAUCAGUCGGAAGAGCAGAGGCUUCGUGAACGAGUUAGAGAGCUUGCAGAGCAAAAUGUUUCACUUCAAAGAGAAGUCUCUUCUUUUCAUGUGAGGGAAACAGAGAGUAAAAGUUUCAUGACAAAUGCUGAGCAACAGCUUCAAGGACUCACUACUAGGAUGGAGGAAAUGAGAGAGGAGAAUCAAGGUCUACAAGAAAAUCUUGCGGAAUUACAAGAGAAGUACAGAGCAUCCGAGGAAGAUCGCAUUUGCCUCAGUAAGAAUUAUGAAGACAGAGAUAAGGAGUGCAAGGAUUUGCAUAAAUCCAUUACAAGACUAUUAAGAACCUGCAAAGAACAAGAGAAGACAAUUGAGGGGUUGCGUGAAGGUUUUAGUGAGGAAUUCAGGAAUAGCCAAUCAUCGGAGAGGUUUGAUAAGCAUGUUUUGAAGUUGCAGAUGGAACAGAUGAGGUUGACAGGAAUAGAACUGGGCUUAAGGAGAGAGUUGGAAUCUCAAAGGCUUGAAGUUGAUUCGCUUAGGCAUGAGAACAUACACUUGUUAGACCGUUUGAGAGGCAAUGAGAAAAACAGCGGUGCUUUAACUUUCAAGCUAGAUAAGGAGAUGUGGGCGCGGGUCGGCUGCUUGCAAAAUCAAGGGCUAUCACUCCUUAAUGAGAGCUCCCAGUUGUGUUCAGAUUUCCUGCACUUUGUCAAGGGAAAGGCAGGCCAACUCCAAGAAGCUAAGCAGGGUUUAGAUGCACAAUUUCUUGUUGAAUCUGAAAUGAAAGUACAGGGAUUAAAGCGUGGUACUGAAACCUUAACCAGAAGUUUGCAGAAAAUGUCUGCUUUGUUCCAUGAGAAAUCCAAUUUGGCUGCUUCAAAAUAUCAGUCCAAGUGCACAGAUGCUUCUGAAUCAGAACAUCCAAAUGAUCAAACCCCAGAGGAUGAUAUGAGAUAUAAGCUUCAAUCAGAAACUAUACUUACAAGUCUACUGAGAGAGAAGAUACAUUCUAAAGAGCUGGAGGUUGAGCAGUUGCAAGCUGAACUAGCUGCAGCUGUAAGAGGAAAUGACAUCCUCAGGUGUGAAGUUCAAAAUGCAAUGGACAACCUUUCAUGUCUCACCCACAAGUUGAAAGAUGUUGAACUACUGAUGCUCAAGAAGGAUGAUAACAUCAACAAGCUUCAAAGUGACCUCCAAGAAUCCAGAAAGGAGUUAACAAUUACCCGAGGGAUACUACCUAAAAUUUCAGAGGAGAGGGACAUGAUGUGGGAGGAAGUGAAGAAGUACAAUGAGAAGAACAUGUUAUUGAACUCAGAAGUUAAUUUGCUCAAGAAGAAGAUAGAGACCCUUGAUGAGGAAGUACUCUUCAAAGAAGGUCAGAUCACAAUUCUGAAAGAUACCAUAGGAAACAAACCGUUUGAUCUUCUAGCGAGUCCUGAUAAUACACGAGAAUAUCUGCUUCGAUAGUUGUCUAAGAUCAGGCUUAGGUACGUAAUCAACUUGUUCAUAGUCCUAUAUCCCUCUGAGUUUGCAAGUGAGAUUGUAUACUUGUUUUCGUCCUUGAUAGAGUAAAAAGAAGUGAGGACCAGUUCAUCCGUUUGUAACUACCAAUCUUUACAGUUGGUUUUGCCGCUUGAAUCAAUCAAA